AUGAGGGAGGACAAAAAGCAAAGCAAGGGAGGCUCCAUCAACCCCAAGGCUGCAUUGAAGCUCGAGCACUUGCAGAGGCUGGCUUUAUGGACUGGCGGGGAAGCUUCCAUUCCUUGUUUGGGAGCCUUGUUUGGGCACAAGUUGGCUUCUACUCAAGAGGGUCUGGAUGUGCCUCCUGACCCUUCUAUGGUUUCUUGCCAGAGCUGUGAAACGAUUCUGCAGCCUGGCUUCAACUGUACUAUUCGAGUUGAAACGAGUAGGGCAAAGGCACGACGAAGAAGUAAGAAGCCGGCUAAUUUCACUUUCACUCAGAACAAUGUGGUGUAUACAUGUCACUUCUGUUCUGAAAGUAAUGUGAAGAGAGGGACUUCGCGUGGACAUAUGAAAGCGAUAUGCCCCCCAAAGAUUAAGAAAGAAAAAGCUUCAAACUUGAAACCUGCUGAAUCCAGUUCUCAGAAGUUGGCCACCCCAAAGAAGAGCACUGCAGGUGAGGAUAAGGCUAGUAAAUUGCAAAUUGGAACUGCAACUCUGGAUGAAGAGGUUCCUGCUGUGAAUAAGUUCAUCACUUCUUCAACAACAGAUGAAGAGAUACCUACUGUGGAUAGUCCCAUAACUCCUAUGGUGAAACCUGUGAUUACUUUGUUGGACUCGAAGAGAAAAAAGAGAAACAAAUCGGCGUCCAAGAAACGACAUGAACCUGAAGACAGUCCUGCCCCAGCCGAUGUAGAAAACUCCGCCAGCACGACAAACAAACGGAGGAGAAAAUCAUGGACUAGUUUGAAGGAACUUGCUGACAGAAAUCAGCAGAAGAAAAACAUCAGCAAUCUGUCAAUCCCUUUCUUCAUGUAA